AUGAAUGGUAUUCUCUAUGAAAACAGCCUGGAGAUUUCAGAUGACGACAGCUGGACCGUGUCUACAUCCGAGGAGGACAACAACUCAGAUCAGGACGGGUCUGACGCUGAGGAUGAUACCUAUGACCCGUCACGAGAGUGGCCGGACGUGCAUGCUGAGGUGAUAGCCAAGAUCACAGAACUGGGUGGUCAAGUAUCCCCGAAGCUCAAUUGGAGUGCGCCGCGCGAUGCAAAAUGGAUACUAGCGACGAACGAUAUGCAAUGCAGGACGGCUAAUGAUGUCUACCUGCUACUUAAGAGCAGCAACUUCAUGAAUCAUGACCUUGAUCAUGCGUUUGACGGCUGUGUCCCUGAGCCUGAGCAAGAACAAAAGGACACCUCUACCCCAGAUCAACUGUCAAUUCCUUAUCACCUUGUGCUACGCAAAUACUUCAACGUCAAUACCUCACUCGAAUUUCGGUGCUUCGUCCGCCAUCGACAACUGAUAUGUCUCUGCCAGCGUGACCUAACAUAUUAUGACUUCUUAUCUGAUAUGCGAAAUGAUCUACUCAGGGUGAUCCAGUCAUUCUUCGACCAAAAGCUUCGUGAUACCUUCCCCGACCCAGAUUUUGUAUUCGAUGUCUACGUCCCUCCGCCAUACAACCGGGUAUGGCUAAUUGAUAUUAAUCCUUUCGCCCCAAAGACAGAUCCCCUCCUUUUCUCCUGGCAGCAAAUACUUAGGAUUGGCCAAGAGGUAGAACGGAGCAUGAAUGUCAAUGGCCAAAGUAGUGACAUUGAAGAACAGGUUGUUCGGUUACAUAUAGGCGACCAAACCUCAUCCUCCGUAUCAGAGACACAUGCCUCUCUAGUAGAGGAUGAAGGAGAUAAUGACGAAGACUCCGAUAUUGAGGAGGUCUCUGAGCUGCCGUUGUUUCUUCUCCUGUCUGGGGGAAACCCUGCUGGAACGAACAUGAAUGCCGCUCAAUAUUCGGCGCACAAGCUUCCAAAAGACGUAGUUGACGCCUCCAAGGGAGGUCCUGCGGGAAUGAGUGAGUUUCUUGGGCAGUGGAAAGACAUACUUGAGGGGAGAAUACAGCCGGAUACUAGAGACGACAAUGAUGAAUAG